GGUCAUCAUGGCGGCCUCCUUGGCUCGGCUCGGGCUCCGGCCCGUCAAGCAGGUCCGGGUGCAGUUCUGCCCCUUCGAGAAGAACGUGGAGUCGACGAGGGCCUUCCUGCAGGCGCUGAGCAGCGACAAGGUGCGCGCCACCAACCUCAACUGCGCGGUGACGGCGGACGUGCGGCACGACGGCUCGGAGCCCUGCGUGGACGUGCUGUUCGGAGACGGCCACCGCCUGGUCCUGCGCGGCGCCCACCUCACCGCCCAGGAGAUGCUCAGCGCCUUCGCCGCGCACAUCCAGGCCAGGGCCGCGGCCGCCGCGGCGGGCAGCGACGACAGCAAGCAGGGCGCCGGGGCCGGGCGCUGACGGGCAGCGGGGCGCCGGCC